CCGCCGCCCGACGACCGCCGACUGACGACCGCCUACAGCCGACCGCCACCCUCGGAGAGCAAUUCAUAGCGGCUUGUUAACCCGCUAGCGCUCUCCAGAUCUCUCCGACCGACAUCCACGCCUCAUCCGGACGACUUGUACCACUUCCUCCGCUGACUUGCAGCAUCUCCUCCCCACUCGACCUCUUCCUCCGGCCACUCCUCCGCCGGCCGACCUGCACCACCUCCUCCGUUCCUUUAUCAGCUGCACCGUCUACAGAAACGCGUACGGUCGAACUGCACCACCUCCACCACCUUAGCACACGUCCACCGUGAGCAACAGGAACGAUGCUCAAGGUUAAGCGAAGAACAAGAGGCUCAGAUGGAAGUCGAAAACUUAGAAAACGAGGAGUAAAAGAAGUAUCUACAAUCUUUAGUGAUUUGGGCGAAGGCAUGACCGAGAAUCUCGGUCGAGAAGUAUCAAGAACCCCGAGUGAUUUGGGUGAAGGCAUGCCCGAGAAUCUCAGUCAAGAAGUAUCCAGUAUCUGGAGUGAUUUGGGUGAAUGCAUGACCGAGAAUCUCAGUCAAGAACUUUCUGAAAAAUUAUCCCCAAGCAUCGUCUUGCUCGCUUCAUUUCAUGGAGACAAGAUGCAUUAUAGAUGCACAGGAAUAGUUAUUGAAGAACGGCCGUAUGGUCCAACUAUUCUCACUUCGUUAAAUUUGGUCACAACAACAGAUGAUAAACGCAAGGUCAUCCGUCCAUCACCAAAGAUAAAGGUGUGCCUUCCGAAUAACGAAGUUGUUACUGGGUGGCUGAAACACUUGAAUUUGAGAUGCAAUAUGGUGGUUGUCACUACUACUUUCUACCCUGAUCUUCGUGCAGUACAUCUCAGUAACAACAUGCAAGUUGGUUCGCAUACCAAGGCUGUAAAGCGUUGUUUCAACUCAGGAAAAUUGCUGGCCUCAAGUGGGGUACUCAUUGACCGUCCAAGUGGGGUUGGAUAUGAAGGGAAUAUGUUAUCCACGUGCGAAAUCACACAGGAUGGAAGUGGUGGCCCUCUCAUUGAUUUUGAUGGGAAUAUUAUUGGGAUGAAUGAGUACCUGGAUAGCGGCAUGACUCGAUAUAUACCAACAGAUCAGCUGCUUGAACACCUGAGGAAGGUUGGGUUAUGCAAAAAUAGAGGUGAAGCACAACCACGUUUGACACGUCGCCCAGAAGGUUUCUCGUCAGUGUUGCAAGUUGCAAGUGAAAGUAGCACAAGUGGGAGUGAUGAAGAGAAUGAACUUGAUGAGCCACAAGCAUCAGAGUACACUGGAGAUAAAUGUAAGCAUCUACGUAUUGUAGAUCCUUGGCCAUCUGAUGACUUUACAGCUGUGGUAAAUAAGUCAUUAGGGUCUGAUGGUUAUCCCUUGCCAAAGUAUGCUGAUGGAGGAAUGCAUCUGGAAGGUGACUUUGAAGAAGAAUUUAGCAGAGAUAGCUGGAGGAAAAGAACUAGAAAAAGAAUUGCUUCGAAGAUGUCUCAAAGUGUUGUCGCACUUGCUUCAUUCAGCGAUAAAGGAAGAUAUUUUGCUUGCUCUGGUGUAUUAAUAGACUGUGGCCAGUCCAUACGAAUUCUAACUUCAGCAAAUUUGGUUAGAAAUGGAGGCAAGACUGAGAAAAACUUGAGGAUCGAAGUGUGCCUUCCAAAUAGAGAACGUAAAGCUGGGAUACUGCAACAUUGUAAUUUACAAUAUAAUGUUGCUAUUGUCAGCAUCAUGGACUUUCGUGGUAACCGUCCAGCAAAAUUUGUUGAAGAGACUCAAACCAAGGUAGUGGCUCUAGGUCGUGUCUUUAAAUCAGGCAAAUUUAUGGCCACAAGGGGGGUUGUGACGGGCAAACAAAGCAGAUUUGAUUGCAAAGAGCUCAAGAUCUCCAAAUGUAAAAUUACUAAGGCUGGGAUUGGAGGGCCCCUUGUUGAUUUUAAUGGGGACAUUGUUGGCAUGAACUUCUACGACACGGAAGAAACUCCUUAUCUACCAAGUAAUAUCAUUCUCAUACUAUUGAGGCAGUUUGAUCUAAGAGGGACUGUUACUCCAGGGGCUGCAGAAGAAGAUGCUUGCAAUAGCUGGCCGGUGCCUGAUCCAUUUUGGUACUAUCCAAGUCUCCACUGUGCAAGAGAUUAUGCUGUAGUAAAACACCUCCUCUGAAAAUCGAACUGUUUGAACCAGAUUCCCUGGGUGUUUUUGGUUCAAAGGUUACUGGUGUGGAAAUCUUACGUCAUGUAGAAAUUCUAUAAGGAGUGCCUGAGUACCGUGUUUUACAUGAUAUGUAUACCACUAUGACAGUGUUUUAGGACCUUGCACAGAAUUGUGAUCUAGUGAAAGUGGUGCUGAGAGGUUUUAAAACUACUAAUGCAUGUUGCUUGGCUGCAAACUACUAAGGCAUCUUGCUUGGCUGCAAAAGUGAGUUCGUGUCUGGUUGUAUUGGCAUAUACUAGCGAAGUGCCUGUGCAUGCUACGGAGCAACACAAAAAUAUCUUGUGGAAUUGUU